GCGGGUUCCAUUAAGGGCGCGGAUAUUAAUUUCGUGACUGCUCAAGGAUUUUUUCUGAAAUAAGCUGGAUCUGAUGAAUUAACCAGUAACCCAAUUUCACCGUCACAGUAGCUGAGACCAAUUUCUCUAUUUUUUUUUUGAAGUUUUUGUUUUCCAAUCAAAAAUGUUCAUUCAAUAUACAAUGCAUUAUUAACAAUUUCCUCUACCUAUAUAUAUAUAUAUAGACCUGGCGCAAACAGAAAGAAAGCCAUUUCAUUCUCAAUGUUAAAAUUACCAACAUCAUCCUUAUUAUUAUUAUUAUCAUCGUCAUCAUCAUCAUCAUCAUUUCUAUCAUUAUUAACACUAUUGUUCAUUCUUCUUUUGACAAAAUGAUUUUUUCCAAUAAAUUUGGAUGUUUUUCAAUUAGUCAUCCAAGGAUAUUAUUAUUAUUAUCGUUAUUAUUACUUAUUCCUUUACUGUUGUUAAAUACAGUUAGUGCCAGUUUGCAAAUUAUACCACAUUUUACCGGUAUACCUCCACCGAUCUCACAAUUUGUGUAUCCAUCAACCGAUGGUACCAGUUUCCCUCCGCUGGAACUUGUAUGUCGAGCAUGGCCGGCUAAUUCUAAGCUGCAUAUUUUAGCUCAACAGCUAACAUUACCAGGAUUCACGGAUCAAACGUUUGGUGUAAAUUCCAUUGUUUCCACUUCAUUAAUUGCUGGCAAUCCUAAUCCUAAUCAUCAUAAUAACAAUGGAUUAAUACAAUUAUCUCAUGGUCUUGGCAAUCAACGAUAUGCUAUUUUACCGGCUUCACAAAUCACCAGUUCUAAUCAUUUAAAUGUUGUAGAUGAUACUACUACUAGUAGUAGUAAUACACAUCAAUCGGUCAAUUCAUUAAUUAUUCAUGAAACUGCAUUAGAUGCGAUUCGUGACAAUCCUGCAGCUGGACCUCAUGAUGAAGUUGCCAUUCGUCUUAUAGUAUCUAGUCAACCAGAAUUAAGUCAAAUGGAAUUAAUGCGAUUGCAUUGUUUAGCUACUACUUCAUUUGGUCGUAAAUUAAGUGCACCAUUUCGAGUGCUUCCUGCUAGUUUAGGUUCAUUCCCAUCUCCUAGAAAUGGUGGAAUAUCUUCAUCUCAUACUGAAAAUGUUGAAUUUCUAAGAGGGAAUAUUGCUAUUGUUGAUUGUUAUUUACCAAUGAAUAGUUUUCCUAAACCAUUGAUUGAAUUUGAAUUAAACAACACUGUCAUUGAUCUAACAACUUCACAAAAUGACAAAUAUCGUCAAGUUAUCCGUCCAGACGGGAAAAGAAUUAGUUUAUUGAUACAAAAUUUUCAACCACGUGAUUGUGGUGUCUAUCGUUGUGUGGCAAUUAAUCCGCUAACUAAAGAAAAGAAAUAUUCACCAGAUGCUGUGAAUUUGAAAAUUAUCAUCCCAGAUGUUCCUGUUGCCGGAAAAAUUCGUGUCCCUAUGGCAUCGGAAUCAAUAGAUCCCCGAAAUGCAGCAGCAUCUCAAGAGAUAGUUGUUCGAGAAGGUCAAAAUGUGACAUUGUUUUGCAUAAUUCAAAGUGCUCCACCUCCAAUUGUCACUACUUAUCCAUUUGAACAAAAUUCUACUGCACAUAAUCGUUUUCAUCGGCAUAAUUUAUUUGGUGCUUACACUAAAAUUCAUGGGAAUCACAAUACAUUAACAAUAACUAAUGUUACUGCACAAGAUUUAGGUAUUUAUCAAUGUAUUGCACAUCGAUGGGAUCCUGAUCCAGAUCAAGAAGAAUGGAUAUCAGCAUCAGCUGUGCUAGCAUUGAAUUCUGAUAGAAUUAUUCAAACAUCUCAAGAAUUAGCCUCGUUAUUGCCAACAUCAAAACAAGCAAUUAUUGAAGCAAAACCACCAGAAAUAAUCACGGAUAGUUUAACACCAAUCGCUGAACCAGUUUAUGAUAAUUUAGCAGUGUAUAUUACAUGGAAAGCAUAUACAAAUAGUCCUACGAAAUUAGAAAUACCAACUCAUCACAAUGAUGAUGUUGAUGUCAGUGGUGGUGGUGAUGUCGGUGAUAAUCCUAAUAAUAACGACGACGAUAAAAAUAAUGCUGAAACGACCAACAAUGGACAAAUUGCUUAUCAUGUUGAAUAUUCUAUGCAAAUAAGUCCUGUUGAAAGACAAUAUGUCAAUUCUAAUUUAAAUAACAAUAUGGCGGAUAAUACUGAUAAUAAUAAUAAUAACAGUAAUACUAACAAUAAUAACAAUAAUAAUCAACCAUCUUCUGAUUUAUCCGAUUUACCUGCUUUAAUUGGUUUAAUUGGUCAUGAAGCUAUUCUAUGGAGUGAUCCAACUGCAUUGAAUCAACAAUUUUCAUCAGCAUACGCUUAUGCAACCGGUGAUCCACUACAACCAGGUAGACGUUAUCGUUUUCGUGUUAUCGCUUUGGAUCCAUCUACUGGAUUGCAUCUAGUCCCACCAUCCGGUUGGUCAAAUAUAGUUAGUAUGGAGCAUAUUAGUCAAGUGGAACCACCACAAAUUAAAGUGGUUCGACCUAUGUCUGAAGGUCGAGUUCAUGUGGUGUGGAUGUUCAAUGGUGUCAGUGAUGUGCCUUCAAAUAUGAAUGAUUUAAAUAUUUUAUCCAAAUCAUCAAGUUCUUCAAAUCAUAUUAAUAACAAUAAUAAUAAUAAUAUUGGUUCAUCACAAAACGAUAAAUCAUCGGAUCAUCAACUUGUUGAUUCAUCUUUAACUACUACUGUUGGUAGUGGUAGUAACAGUGCAACAUCAUUAUUUCUUCAUGAUUUAAAUAAUCAACAAUUUAUUGCUGAUCAUUUUCUUAUACUUGCACGACCUGUCAUUAAACCAAAACGUGGUUCUGUUGGUACCAUUGAAUAUGGUGCUUAUUGGGCUACACAAGUGAAUGGUUCCAAUGCUAGGGAUGGUUUAUUGACCGGUUUAAAUAAUACUGCUAAUUAUCAAAUUAUUGUUUAUGGUGUCAAAGGAACUGGUGAUCAUCGACAAAUUACACGUUUCUCUAAAGCAGUCUAUGUAAAUAUGGCUUCAACCGACUAUACUGGUCGUUAUAGUUUACUGGAUACAUUGAAUAAUAAUCGUUUAUUAUACAUAAUCUUAGGUGGUAUAGCCAGUUUAAUGUUUCUCGUCAUGUUCAUAUUGAUACUGUUGUGUUUAUGCCGUCAACAUCAAGAUCGGCGUACACAUAGUCAACGUAAAAAACAAAAUGGUUAUGUACAUGGUUAUAAAGAUUCACCGGAUUUUCAUCAUACUAUUGAUGGUGGAACAAAUAAUGGAAUAAAUAAUACUCAAUUAUCACAUAAUCAUAUGUUAUCGACUAGUCAUACAAAUCAUAAUAACAAUGGUAACAUGGAUUCGAAUAGCAAUAAUAAUAAUAAUAAUCCAUCUGGUGCUACUACUGUUAAUAAUCAUCUAGUGAAUACAACUCUUCCACAUAGUCAUAGUACACAUGAUCAUCAAAUUGUACCAUCUGGAACAAUGAUGAUGAUGAUGGGUAAUUUACAAUGUAGUGGUCUAUCAGAUCAUUCCACAUCUAAUAAUAAUAAUAACACUAAUCUGGUACAGAAUGAUUUAAAGCAUCAAAUGUACAUACAGCAGCAACAGCAACAACAACAACAACAUCAAUCUGAUCAAUAUGCUUCCGCACUGGGUAUGUCCAAAGAGGCAUAUCAACAACGUCAAGCUAUGCUUGGUUCACAAUUACAUUUACAACAACAACAGUCACAUCAUGGUCAACCAUCAUAUUUGACUAAUAAUCAUCAUCCAUCGUUACCGCAUCAUCAAUCACAUCAUUCUUUAUUACUUCCAACUGGUGGUGGUAGUGGUGGCAAUUCAAAUUAUCACAUACUUUCUGGACAGAAUAACAACAAUGGUAAUAAUGUACUAUCACCGACAAUGUUUCAUAGUGGUACUUUACCAGGUGGACCACGUUAUUUACGACAACAACAACAACAAUCCUGUGGUUCACAACAUUAUUUCGGUAGUCAACAACCAUUGGAUAGAAAUUUGAUUAGUCCAUCGAAUGCAAUGGAAAUGACUGAAUUGUAUCAUCAACAACAUCAGAAUGGUUAUGCAUAUCAACAACCGCAACUACCACCAAUUCCGCAUCCACAAUCAUCAUCGGGUCUACCACCUCCGUAUCCAGCGCCAUUAAGUAAUACGGGUACUAUAAAUCGUCAAAUGAUGUUAAAUCAACAACAAACUUAUUAUCCUGGUUCAUUGACAUCUGGCGGUGGUGCUUCGUUAAAACGUGAACCUCCAACUGGUUCCGGUGUCAUCAAUGGUACUGGUUCAUUACAUGAUGGAUCAGGUUAUGGAACAUUACUUCAACGCGGUGGUCCAUUAACUGCUUCCAUGAUGACUGAUCCAUCAAUGAGUAAUGGUGGUGGUGGUGUAUCAAUGAAUGCUGUGUGUUAUCGAGGCAGUCAACAAGCAUUACAUAUGUAUCCUAAUGGGAUGAGUACUCCUCUAUCUCAACAACAACAACACCAUCAGGGUGGUGUUUAUCAGUCACAUCAACAACAACAACAACAACAAGCACUCUAUAUGCAACAACAAAUGCAACAAGCUCAAAUGUAUCCAGGUUAUUUCAGUCCACAACCACAAUCGCAUUUAGAUUCUAUGGGACAGAUGCAUCAUAAUUUCAAUCAUACUGACGGUGAAUCAGUCUAUUCAUAUUUUAGUCAACAAGAUAUGAAUCAGACUGGUCCACAUCAACAUUUAAAUCCAUUGCCUGAAGAAAAUCAAUUAAAUCAAUGUGAAAAUGGUCCAGGCUAUGUGGACUCUAGUAUUCAAACAGCUGAUAUCAAUGAUGAUGAUGGUGGUGUUAGAACAGCAACAACAGCAGUAGGUACAACUACAGAUCCCGGUGGCAAUGGUAGUCCAGCUGCAGGUGGUGGUGGUGGUGGCAGUCAUCGUCAUCAUCGUCGAAGAAGACGUAAACAAUCACAACAACAAUCUCAACCAAUGUCACAACAACCUGCAGAAAUGUCAGAUACAUCGAGAAAUGUCAGUGUUGAUGAUGCUGCUGCUGGCGGAGGCAGCGGCGGCGGUAUGAUGAUGAUGGAGCGCUUACAAAAUCAUGCACAAUCAAUUCGUGGUUCACAAAUGGAUUUAGGUAUGGUACAAAAACGACAACAUACUCUAUCACCUGGACCAUAUUCUGAUACAGAUCCUAUGAUGACGAUGAUGAUGAUGAAUGGUCAAUCCAAUAUACCACCUAGCCAUCAUUCAUAUCCACAUCCAAAUGGAUCAAUGGAACCAUCAUCUAUGUCAACAAGAUAUAUACGUUAUGAUUCACCUCACCGUGCUCCAUCUGUAUUGGGUCAAUUACCACCACCUAAUCAACCUCCGCCACCACCACCUCCCCCGGCUGUAGCAGCUAUGGCAUUUGCUGCCCAAAUGAAUGGCUCAGAUCAUAGUCGACAUAAUUCAAUGACUUAUCAACAACAUCAUCAUUUUAAUCCAGACUCUCUUUCACGUGGUGGCAGCAGUGGGGUUGGUGCCGCUGGUAGUGGCAGUUCUGGAGUUUAUCAACCAUCCGGUUCUGGUACCACCGGUCUACUAGUUGGUCCACCGCCUCGUAUACGUGAUUAUUCAGAAUAUGGUAUCCCACGAGGUAUUGGUCUACCACCGACACCAGCUGCUGCUGGAGGCGGUGGACAACCACAACCACCACAACACAAUGUCUUGAUGUCACCUGGCGGUGUCAGUAAUAACACUAAUCAUGGAAGCAUGUAUUAUGAUGGUCAUUAUCGUGAAGGUCAAGCAUAA